UUCCUCACUCUAAAACCCUAUUUCACUGGCUGUUGUUUCCCAAAAAUCUCAGUAAAACCCUAAUCUGUGGAGAAACUUUUGCUUGGAAUCUAGAGAGGAGGAAUGAAUAUGGAAGGAGAAUUUGAAGAAGAGGAGGAGAUGUCUUCAAGGCGCAUUCAGGUGCGCUUUGUCACAAAACUGAAAGAUCCCUACAAAGUUCCCAAUACUUCCAUCUCAAUCCCCUCAAACCUUACCCGCUAUGGACUCUCUAUCAUCGUCAACAAUCUUCUUCAAUCCGGGAAUUCUGAUUGGCAAUCCGAGCCAUUUGACUUUCUGAUUGAUGGCGAGCUGGUUCGAAUGUCUCUGGAGCAAUUUUUAUCUACCAAGGGCAUUUCUUUGGAGAAAAUAUUGGAAAUUGAGUAUGUGCGAUCUGUGGCCCCACGGAAAGAGGAAGAACCUUCUUUGCAUGAUGACUGGGUCAGUGCUGUAGAUGGUUCUAGUUCUCGGUUCAUUUUGACAGGGUCCUAUGACUGUCUAGGGAGGGUGUGGAAAACUGCUGGAUUGUGUAGCCAUGUGUUAGAAGGCCACACUGAUGCUGUUACUGCUGUUAGUGUCAUAACACCAGAAGAUGUUGAAGCAGUUACUGUAGUCACUGCUUCAAAAGAUCGUUCACUGAGACUCUGGAAGUUCAAUACAGGGGAGCCCCAAAAUUAUCCUAUGAAGAUUCAUGCCUUCAAAAUUUUGCGUGGCCAUAGGGCAUCUGUACAAAGUGUUGCAGCAAACGCUUCUGGCAACAUGGUUUGUUCUGGUUCUUGGGAUUCUACCAUCAAUCUAUGGAGUACAGAUGAAUCUAACACAACAGGUGAUCAAGUGUCAAUUAAGAAGAGAAAAGUGAAAGAUCAAGUUGAGGAAUCACAGUCGGAGGGAGAGGCUGUGUCUACACUUCUCGGACAUACGCAAAAUGUAUCUUCUGUGAUUUGGCCAGAGCAUGAAACAGUAUAUUCUGCAUCGUGGGAUCAUUCUAUUAGAAAAUGGGAUAUUGAGACAGGCAGAGAUAUAACAAACAUGUUUUGCGGGAAAGCCUUUAACUGUCUAGAUGCUGGAGGUGAAGGUUCUGCAUUAAUUGCUGCUGGUGCCUCAGACCCUAUCCUUAGAAUAUGGGAUCCCCGUAAACCAGGAACUUCUGCUCCAGUGUUUCAGUUCUCAUCUCACACUUCCUGGAUUUUGGCUUGCAAGUGGCAUGUGAGAUCAUGGUUUCAUUUAAUUUCUGCUUCCUAUGAUGGAAAAGUGAUGCUAUGGGAUCUAAGAACUGCGUGGCCUCUCGCAGUCAUGGACUCUCACAAGGACAAGGUAUUAUGUGCUGACUGGUGGAAAGGUGACAGCAUUAUAAGUGGUGGGGCAGACUCGAACCUUCGCAUUUCUUCUAACAUUCCUGUAUAAUGAGCCUUUUAAUGUUUUUAGGCCGUUUCCAUGUUUGACAUCCGCGGUAUCAUAACCAAGGAAAUUGAGGGCUCGAAGAAGGGAUUCUAUCCAUUGCACUGUUAAUAGUGAAGGUCAUGUUGCACCUACAUACGAUGGGCUAGUAAUGAAACUUGGACCUUUCGAUUGGGAUGGCAUUGCACGAAUACUAUUGCUACUGGAGCUGGAGAUUUUUAUUUUUUUUUCAAUUCCUGUAUUUGGAUGAAAAUUUUGUUUUAUUUUCUUGAGUACUCCUAACAUAUCGGGUUGAAAUCCAUUCCGGAUCUAAAAAGUUUCACUUGGAUAUCUCAACCUUAACGAUCUUUACGUUUCAUGAUUGACAAAGCCUACUACAUACAGGAGGUUGAAAGGAAUUUGAUUCUGUACAAGGAACAGUGUUUUAUGUGAUCAAGGAACCUGUUGUGGGACUAAAAUUGGCGUGAAAGGGUAUAGUUUUUAUCUUGUUAAGAAAACUCUGUAAGCAAGCAAGUUUUA